UACUUCCAUUUAUUUUCAAAACUCUCCCCUCACGACACGAGUGAAUGAUUUAAGCUUUAAUUCAUUCCUCGUCCAUUUUAUUAUUUAUAGCCACAAAAUUCCAGAACUCAUAAAACUGCAAACCCACACAGAGAACAUUCUUCUCUGAUAACAAACCUGGUCGUAUCCAAAAGAGUUUUCAUUUCUUCUCUGAUUGGUCUACAUAUAUAUCGGAGUUUUCUUCUUAAAGAAGAUAUGGUUUGUUUCUGUUUCUUGGUUGAUCAGACAAGGAAAGUGAAACGGAGCAAACCGGCGGCUGGAACUUGCUCACGGUGUGGCCAUUGUGCGAGCAUCGCCGACAUGAAGACUUCGACAAGAUUCUGUUUCAUUCCUAUUUAUUGGAGAUCUUGGAGAGCUGUUGUUUGCAGUUUCUGUGGCUCUGUUCUUAAGUCUUAUCGUUGAAUCAGAUUUUCCAAAUUUAAUCACAACUCACUGUUUUUUUUUCUUUCUUUAAUUUAAAUGAUGAUCCUCCCUUAAUUAUAAGCAACACAGAGUUAUAUAUAUUAUAGAAUGAUAUGUGAUAUAUAUCAUAGGGUUUGUUGAAUCUUCUAGGAUUCUAUCUACCUGCAAGAGGAUUUUCUUGUCAUGUUGAAUCUCUUGUAAUUAAACGGAAACUAUAUGGUUUAGUGUGGUUUAGUGUUACUGUAUAUAUAAUAUUAGUGUGUUGAAGAUGUUA